AUGGCUUACAACCAAGACCUAGAAUUGGCACUGCGCCUUCUGCUAGCAGACCUCGAUGCCUUGGAAGAGCGACAGAAAGGCAAGCAGGUAGCUGGCAAGCUGACUGACUCAGAACACGCAAUUGCCACCAUGAGGAGCGAUGUUAUCGCUUUAAGAGACCAGAUACUGGCCGUCAGUACCAGCACGGCAAUGGCCACCGACCAAGCCAUCUUGAUGUCUAUGGCUCGCGAAGAAGUAAUCGCUAGCCAAGACCAUCAGACUGCCGUGGCUCUGGACAGAACUGAAGAGAGUGUCAAUUACUUUGCUCAAAUUGGACCACCACCGCCAGAAGACAUGAGCCACAACGACGCCGUUUCAAUGGUCAUGCGAGAUCUUAUGAACCGUGCGAGUUUGACCAGACAGAACAAUGCGGGAGACACUUCGCUGCCUUCCAACUUGGCAACUCAAGGCCACAACACCACCAUAAAAUGUGUUUGUUGUCUCGAAACCCGCGAGCCUUUUCUGAGAGGCUAUUGUGGUCAUGAACUUUGUCGUGAUUGUGCGCGGGAGAUAUAUCUUGGGGCAAUCAGAGACGAAGAGCUAUACCCACCCCGUUGCUGUGGCCGACCUUUUUCUCCUGGAAUUAUCUUGCAAGUCCUGGAGUACAGCGAGUUUCGAGCUUUCUGUGAGAAGGCGCUUGAAUACAUUGCAGAAAACAGAGUGUACUGUGCUGAGCCAACAUGCUCUACUUUCAUCCCUCCCUCAGCUAUCCACGGUGACAAUGGUAUCUGCCCGGACUGCCAUCAACAGACUCAUUUGCCCUGUCGUGCCCUUGCUCAUCCUGGCGUCGACUGUCCAUUGGAUCAUACGUUUCAGGGAGUCCUAGCUAUAGCUGAUACACAGAAUUGGAGGCGAUGCUUCAAUUGUCGAACAAUGGUGGAGCUCGAACGUGGUUGCAAUCACAUUACUUGCCGCUGCGGCAGCGAGUUCUGUUACGUUUGCGGCCUGGUUUGGAAGACGUGUCACUGCACGCUCUGGGACGACAACAUGAUCAUCCAGGUUGCCAAUCAAGCUGUGAAUGACCAGGUUGCGCCCAACGCAAGACCUGAAGUUCGCCAUGACCUCUUCAAUCGUGUAUUGGAAGAUCUUCGCCAACACGAAGACGUUGGGUUUCUAUUGAACAAAAAGAGUGCAAAGAAACCUCACUUUUAG